UCAAAUCUUGUCCUCCAAAGUCCAAGCCACCAAGUUAUGACUCUACACCGUAAAAAAAGAAACAAAAACAAAAAAACUGUAGCCCCAAACUGAACAGUCUGAAAAGAGAAAGCAAAAAGCAUAUAUAUGAGUGUGAUAGGGAUAGCUAUAUGUAUGGCUAUCAUAAUCCAAUCACAGUGAUCUUAUGUUUCACUAAGAAGAUCUACUAAGCAAGGCCCAGUUUGAUCAAUGAUCAUCAUAUUCAGACAAGAUCCUAAAAUCUCCAAAAUGCCCUUUGUGGAGUACCUUAGGUGAUGUGUAAUGAAUCAGAUGUGGUGUUCAACCUGUACUUGAAACCCCUUCUGUUACGUUUUAUGGAGAUGUGGGAACCACAGUCUUUCGUUUUAAAUCUUUGUCCAACCCUCAGAAAAAAAAGGAAAGAUACAAUAAAAUUCACAAAAUCCUUGUCCUAAAACCAAGAGUGUUCAUUCUUCAUAAACAGGCAACAGCUAUUUUCUUAUAUGUAAGUUGCUGUGUUAACAUAUCUUCUCUUCUCCCAUAAAACAAACCACCAAAGUGUCAUCAUUUAAGGCUCUUUCUCUCUUCCUUUUACUGUUUUAGUUUAUGUUUGUUCGGUCGAAGAAUGACGAUUGAGAGAUAGGGCUUGAUUCUGGAGGUGAGUUGUAGCGAGUUUGGUGUGGGCUAGUUGUUGAAAGAGGAAACCAUGGACAGAAUGAUUCAACCUCCAUUGGUUGAUACAACGGCAUGUUUAUGUAGAGUAGAUGCUGGACUCAAAACUGUUGCUGGAGCGAAAAAAUAUGUACCUGGUACAAGACUCUGUCUCCAGCCUGAUAUUAAACCAUCCAUUCAUCCAACAAGGAACAAGGCAGCACGCAGUGAUAGGAGCCGUCACCAGUCUCCUUUGCUCCCAGGACUCCCUGAUGAUCUUGCUAUUGCUUGCCUGAUACGGGUCCCCCGUAUUGACCACAGAAAGCUCCGUCUGGUCUGCAAAAGAUGGUAUAGACUUUUAUCUGGUAAUUUCUUUUAUUCACUCCGUAGGAGCAUUGGAAUUGCAGAAGAAUGGAUAUACGUCAUUAAGAGAGAUCGAGAUGGAAAAAUUUCUUGGCAUGCCUUUGAUCCCAUAUACCAGCUCUGGCAGCCACUCCCUCCAGUCCCUAAGGAAUAUUCUGAAGCCCUUGCGUUUGGAUGUGCUGUCCUCAGUGGUUGUCACCUUUAUUUGUUUGGUGGUAAGGAUCCAUUAAAGGGAUCAAUGCGACGAGUCAUAUUUUAUAAUGCCAGGACAAAUAAAUGGCACCGUGCCCCAGAUAUGCUUCGUCGAAGACAUUUCUUUGGUUCGUGUGUUAUAAACAAUUGCUUGUAUGUUGCUGGUGGAGAGAAUGAGGGAGUGCAUCGGUCAUUGAGGUCAGCUGAAGUCUAUGAUCCCAACAAGAAUAGAUGGUCUUUUAUUUCAGAUAUGAGCACAGCUAUGGUGCCCUUCAUUGGGGUUGUAUACGAGGGAAAGUGGUUCUUGAAGGGUCGUGGAUCUCAUCGACAGGUGAUGAGUGAGGUCUACCAACCAGAAACUGACAGUUGGUACCCUGUCUAUAAUGGAAUGGUUGCAGGCUGGGGGAGGAACCCAUGUGCUUCCUUAAACAGGCACCUUUAUGCUUUGGACUGCAAUGAUGGUUGUAAGCUGAGGGUUUAUGAUGAAGCGACUGAUUCUUGGAGUAAGCAUAUUGACAGUAGGAUACAUUUGGGCAAUUCUAGGGCUUUGGAGGCAGCAGCUCUUGUUCCACUUAAUGGAAAACUUUGCAUCAUUCGAAAUAAUAUGAGUGUAUCUCUGGUUGACGUUUCAAAAUCUGAUGAUCUGAGGGGAGCUACUGCUGAACAUUUAUGGGAAACUAUAGCAGGGAAGGGUCAAUUCAAAACCUUGGUUACAAAUCUUUGGUCUAGCCUUGCUGGCAGGAACCGGCUGAAAAGCCACAUCGUUCACUGCCAGGUUCUCCAAGCAUAAUGACUGUAAAUUUUUCCCAUAUAGGGUUGGCUCUGUAGUUCAUGCCAUUUGGUAUCUCCUGAAUGUGAUAGGGUUGAGGGGCCAAUAGCUUGCCAGGAUUGUGCUUCUCAUGCACAAAAAUCCUUCUUUGUAGGUUCAAGGAUCGGAUAUACCAUGAGGUAUGAGGUAUUAAUGAGGAUUUCUGCUUUUGCUAGAUUGUUAGGGUUACAAACAUUUAUAUAAUACACAAUUAAAUGUAGAAAAUUGAAAAAGCUUGUUCAAUUGCUCUUUAUCUCUUCAAACGACUGCAAUCUGUAUCAUCCCUCUACAUGGGUUUCAAAGCUUGGAUGUGACAAUCGUAGUUAGCACCUCACCGGUCAGGGACAACUUUUCAACAUAGUGCAGAAGGCUUAUUAAAAUGAUAUUCGACACAUCUAAAAUUUAAAAUUUAACAUUUACAAUAUUUUUCUCGAUCUUCAAAUCACAGCUUUCCAUGUAAAAAAUGUAAAAAGUUAGAAAUGAGAAUAAUUUUGCCAUAAUAUGGUUUGGUAGCUUCUCAUUUUCGUUCUUGAGCUAAAC